AGUGAUGGGGCGGAGCUGAGUGACGAGAACGGGCCGUGUGACUUAGUGGUGGGGCUAGUGACCUUUGACCGUAAUGGCGAGUUUUGGUUUCUGGUGUUUGUGUCUCGGGGCUGCGGUGUUGUGUCCUGGGCUCGGGCUUUGUGCCGAGCCUGCCUUUCGAUUUGGAUCUUACUAUGCCAGUCACAUGGUGUUACAGAGAGAACCUGUUCGAGCUGUUGUUUGGGGAUAUGGUGCAGUGGGAGCACUAAUCAAUGUGACUGUCUGGAGAGAGGACAGCAUCGUCACUCAGCAGGUGACAGCAGUGAAUGAAGGUCUAGCUCUUGGUGUCACUGGUGUCUGGAAAGUUUCCCUUGAUCCUGUUGGCCCAGGUGGUCCAUUUUUGAUUAUUGCAGAGCAGAAAUAUGUCAAAGGGGUGGACAGAAUUGUUCUAAAAGAUGUUUACUUUGGAGAUGUCUGGCUAUGUGGCGGGCAAAGCAAUAUGGAGAUGACAGUGUCACAGAUUAUUAAUGCAAGUGAAGAGCUCUCUGUUGCUUCCCAUUAUCCACAAAUCCGACUCUUCCAAGCAGGAUUGAACGAGUCAAACCAAGAGCUGAAUGAUCUUGCCAGCAUUCAAGUGCAAUGGUCGGCUCCCACAGCGGAAAUUCUUGGGAAUGGCAAUUUCACCUCAUUCUCAGCUGUUUGCUGGUUGUUCGGUCGAUUUCUCUAUGACAAGCUGCAGUAUCCUAUUGGGUUGGUGGAAUCAUGUUGGGGAGGAACCCCCAUUGAGACUUGGUCUUCCAAACGAGUCCUCAACAAAUGUGGACUUUCUUUCAAUCAGAUAAAUGAAGAAACUGGCCCUCAUCAACCCACUGUCUUGUGGAAUGCAAUGAUACACCCUCUGCGUAGGCUGGCAAUCAAAGGAGCCAUCUGGUAUCAAGGUGAAGCAAAUGCAGCCUGGCACAAUAUGGAGUACAACUGCACCUUCCCAGCUAUGAUCAAGGAUUGGAGGCAGGUUUUCCAUCAAGGAUCUGGAGGAGCCACAGAAAUAGACUUUCCUUUUGGAUUUGUCCAGCUGUCCACCUACCACCAGGCUGUCCCAGACGAUUCUUUCCCAUGGAUACGCUGGCAUCAAACUGCUGAUUUUGGUUAUGCUCCAAACCCAAAGAUGAAGAGAACAUUCAUGGCAGUUGCAAUGGACCUGGGCGAUGAGAAAUCUCCUUAUGGCACCAUUCAUCCUCGGUAUAAACAAGAUGUUGCGUACAGAUUAUACCUUGGUGCUCGAGCAGUGGCUUAUGGAGAGAAGGCAGUCGUUUUCCAGGGCCCAUUUCCAAAUGACCUCCAGCUCAAGAAUAGCACAGAAUUGACCAUCAUCUACACACAAGAGCUGACUGUGUUGGAGCUCAGUAAUGAUAUAUUUGAGGUGUGUUGCUGCACAAAGUGGAAUUUGUCCAACUGUAAGUGGGUCUCUGCCCCCAUUGUCAGCCACUCCAUCAAUGCACUAUCUUUAUCUCUAAACCAGUGUCAGCAGAAGGUGACCAGUAUUCGCUAUGCUUGGAAGGAGUGGCCAUGUGACUUGAAGAAGUGUCCCUUGUACAGUAAAGACUAUAAGUUACCUGCCCCAUCAUUCUUGAUACAACCAGCCCACGAUGGACCAUUCUGAAUAUCAUCUACCAAAUUAUUGUUUUAAAAUAUUAACUGUACCAGCUGAGACCAGAAAAUGUUUUACAUAAAUGAUAGGAACAAUUAUGCUAAUUAAAAUAUACAAGUAGAUCAUUGUACCUCCCUCACCCCUUAUGAAAGUAAGCCACAGCAAUAAUAAUUAUUAUAUCUAUAAAACCAACUUUGGUGCUGGUCCAGAACUCAUUCCAUUUGAGUAAUUGUAAUUUUGAUAAUUAAUGUACAGAGUCUGGAAGAUAUAUACAAGUACAGUAUGGCCCUAUCGUCUCAUUCCUAAAUUAAUAGAUUUUCUACUUUAUCUUUUUCCGAUGUUUUGUAUAAUUAAACCCUACAUGAUAUUAGUAAUUCAAUUUGAAUAAUAAACCUAUAGAGACAGUAAUCUACUCAGGGAUCUAACAGUAUUGGGGCAUGAAUAGUUCUCUCAACGACAUGUAUUUUUAGUAUCUGAAUUAACAAUUGAUUUGAACCGCUUGCAGAGAAUAAAUUAGGAUCCAGACUGUAAUCUGCAGAUUUCCAUGUGAUAAUUUUGAUAGAACAAAGGCCUUGGAUUAUAGACUCAACAGAAUGGCAUCUCACAGACAGAAGCCAGGCUCUGGGCUGGAGUUCAAAGCCCCGUCAGUCCAUCUAUUAUCAGCUAUCAGGAGAAACAGGUCCUCUGUUCUUUUACUAUUAUCAGAGUGACAGGUUUAAGACUGGAAGGUACCAAACCUGUCUUUACAAGAUUAACUGCAACAUUAACCAAUGAGGAAUGAAGUAAAAUUUUGGACAUUACAACUGCUGCAAUAUUGUACUGUUAGAAUCAGGUUUAUGAUGCUGUAUGAGGAUAUACUUAAGAACAGUGCACUGUAAGAAUUUUGAACUUCUCAUUUUCUGCAUGUUUCCCUGCAUGCAUGCCUGAACGCAGAUGGGGGUGGGUUUGAUCUAAAAAAAAAUGUUUCAACAUUCUUCAAUAUGUAUGACACUGGAAUAUAAUCAUGCAUUCAGAAUCCA